CUAACCAAGCUUGUUCCUGAAGUUCAAAACACUUCCAAUCAUGAAGCAAUAUUUUUCCAUCCUUGGUCUGUUUCUUCUCUCACUGCAGCUCUUCCAAAGCUCAGAGGCUGAUAUUGGGUGCAGUGAUGUUCUCAAGGACUUGACACCCUGUGUCAGCUAUCUAACAACCAGCAGUGGGAGCCCAUCAACUGCUUGCUGCAAUGGGGUCACAACCUUGGCAUCUGCUACAUCGAGUACAGCUGAUAGAAGGGCUGCAUGCAGUUGCAUCAUGAAUGUUGUGUCCAAGGUCAAGCCUAACAUAGAAGCAGCAAAGGCACUGCCAGGGAGCUGCAACAUCACCUUGCCUUUCACUGUGUCUCCCAAUCUGGAUUGCUCCAAAAUUGAUUGAACCAAGUCUCAUGAUUCAGGAAUGUGAGGGGGGUAUAUUAUGUGCGUAAUCAUCUUACAGUUUCUCCACUGAAGACGUGUUUGUGUGCUACCUUUGUACUAUGUUAAUCAAAGAGCAAUAUAUAUGUGCUCUAUUGUUGUAUAAUCUAAAUAUACAAUAUGAAUGACUUACUUGUGCUACUCUUUCUGAAAAAAGAAAAACCUUGGUAUACAU